AUGUCACAAAACGUCACCUCGGCUUCGCUGGCGCCUUCUGAUCCAGAGCAGCAUGACGCGCUGCGUGCCCUGAACCGCUCUCCCCAUCCAUACCACCACCAGAGCUCAGAGCUGCCGCAUUCAUCAGAGCGCUUUACAACGCACGAUGUGUCUCGUGGCAGUGGUAACGACGGGGCACACCUAUCGCCGACGAGACUCCCGGCCUUCUCGAAAGAAUCUUCGCCUGGAAGUGAGAGCGGCACCGAAGCCGAUGACGAGCACUUCCUCAAGGGCCUUCCAGCACCAAAGACCAAGCUACACAAAGGAUUAAGAGACUACGACGAGCCGACAUCAGGUUUUACGACACCUGCACCGUCCCCAGCUGCCCUGGAUGACGACCAUAUCCAGGCCAUAUCGCAGAGAUUACGUCCGAAGGUGGGACAGCGUAAGAAGCGCUGGCUCGAUGUUUUGCGACGAAAUAGGGCUCUGGUGCGAAGGCUUACCGAGGUCGGCCUUGUGGGAUCGCUGGGAUUCAUGGUUGUGACGAGUAGUCACGUAUCACCAUUAUUUCGUGUCUGGAGAAAAGACUUUGAAUUAUUGGGUCUAUUGUACCUCACCCUGUUGGGUUUAUAUCCUUUAAGAGUUUUGGCAUGGGGAUUCGGAACAAGGCGACCAUCGAAAUGGAUCCCGCUCCGAAUACCAACCAACUUUGACCCUGCCCCCUUACUAUACCCUCCUGCAAUCACCACCUUUGUUUGUUUGCUAGUUGCUCGAAGCAAUCCGGGGACAAUUUUACCCAGUAUAAUCUUGAGCAUCAGUUCCUUACCGCAGGCCUUGAUACCGAAGCUUGACGUUGACACAUCAUACGAUACCCUUCAUUGGGCAUUGUCAUGCCUGCCUCUGGUUUGGGGACCUGCAUUAGAUUCAUCGAGAUUUGACCCAACAUACGCAUUCUUGUCUGCAGAAGCACUUGUCUUAUUAUAUCCUGUUCACCAGACGCUGUGCACUGUCUUGCACUACCUUACAACAACUAGCCUCUUGACCGCCGAACUUCAGUUACUGUCUAUCGCAUUGAUCAGUGUGCUUAUUUUGUCUGCAUCACCUCAAGCGAAGAUUCUAAAGGGUCUGUUAUGGGGCGGCGGUCUUGCUGUGCUUGUAUUUUGCGGACCAGUCAUUAGAUGGGGUAUUGCGCUGGCGCGAGUGCCCAAAUGGCGGUUUAGACGACCCUCAAGCUCACAAAAGCAUCGGUUUUGGAAAGAACUUCGCAAGCUAUUGUCUUGGCACCGGAUUAAAAGUGAUAUGGUAGGGUCUGUAUACGAAGAUAGCCCCUCCGAGACGACAUCAUCGGCCGAUGAGGAGGAUGAUAUUCCAAUCUUCCGAGGCCCACUACGUGUCAAAACCCUUGGACCCAAUCUCGACAUCAGGGACACAACAGAAUCCGUUGGCACUUCUGGAGUCACCUCACCUAACGACAUCAGCGGCGGCAUCUCACGACGACAUACCAUGCCACAUCCGGAUAAAUUGCGGAAGAGCGCUGUACAUACUCCGUCUGGGAGACGAAAGCGGGCUAUAUCGCUUUCACUUCGGCCUUAUAUCAGACUGACACAGGAGCAGGCUCUCGUGCGGAAAUGGGCUUAUGCGGCCUAUGUGUACACAGCCAUUAUCGGAAUCAUAUUAGUCGGCGUGCGAACCUAUGUCGAGCAGUUUGCGCUGAAUGGGCACGAACCAAUAGGCUGGGCUCUGGGGUACAUGUUUGGAAACCUACCCUGGUUCAGAUUCCAAGUUGUUAGUGCCAAUCUUGAGCGAUGGGUCUGUCUCCCAGCGAUUUCUGGGGCCAAAGAAUGCCACUCCGGCUGGGUCCAACAUCUUCGUCAUGAUGCUUUUGGCGAGGCCAAUACUCGCCUUAUCCUCAGCGCCUAUUGGCUUACCAUUCUCGUCUUUGGCCUAGUCGUUGUAUUCAAACUCAAGGAGACCUACGAAGUCGAUACCAGGCGCAAGGUGUUUCAUUUUAUGAUGGUGGGAAUGUUUCUCCCAGCCGUAUACGUCGACCCAGCAUAUGCUGGCCUCGCGUUAUCCAUUAUACUCGCUAUAUUCUUGAUCCUCGAUCUCCUCCGCGCAAGUCAGCUUCCGCCGCUAUCUAAACCCAUUGCUUCAUUUUUGGCACCCUACGUCGACGGCAGAGACUUCCGCGGCCCCGUUGUUAUCUCUCACAUCUUCCUCCUUAUCGGUUGCGCAAUUCCCCUCUGGCUGGCUCUAGCUUCACUCUCUCGCACGGGAUCAGGCUGCUUAUCAGGCUGGGAAGUACCAACCCGGGAUGUCAGCAUGGUAUCCGGUGUUAUAUGCGUCGGCCUCGGUGAUGCUGCAGCUUCACUUAUUGGUCGUCGGUAUGGACACCGUAAGUGGCUCUGGGGCGGGGGAAAGAGUCUCGAAGGGAGCCUAGCGUUCGCCGUUGCCGUGUUUGCAGGUCUAGGCGCCGCAGGGGUGUGGUUACGUGUUGGAGGAUGGCCGAUGACAGAUCAACCGGUUGGGUGGUAUGCCAGUGCGAGGAAUGCUGGUAUCUGUGCGACGAUGGGGAGUCUUACUGAGGCGGUUUUGACGGGCGGUAACGAUAAUGUGAUUGUGCCGGUUGUUCUGUGGACAUGCGUAAAAAGUCUUGGCAUAUAA